AUGGUACUUAUCUCGGAACAAAAAAAUGGAAUCACUAACCUUCAUGCUUACGCUUCAGGUCUGUAUUAUGUUAUACAGGGGCAAAUCUACGGUUUCCCAAUUGCGACCUCUAAUUUUACUGUUGAACUUACUGGAUACUUCAAUCCUCCGGAGAAGGUCAACUAUGAAUUCCACAUGGAAGUUGAUGACGAUGCGAUGUUGACCGUUGGGGAUGGUGAAGCUUUUGCUUGUUGUAAUCCAUCAUAUUCAACCAAUGUUGGUGUAAGUUUUGCCAUGUUUGCAACUUGGGAUUCCAAAAAUGAUGUUACGGGCAUGUCACGAACCACCCAAUAUAUGAUAUCUGGUUAUUUAUAUCCUAUGAAACUUGUUUGGUAG